UGUCUGUCGACCUUGCCUAACGUUAGUCCCGAAUCUUUGUUGUUAUGCCUGCGUGAGUGGAAGACUCAGAUUACGAUUGUUGUUUUCGGUUUGUCUUUUUUCAGAUUUCCAAUGUGUCAACCACCUAAAAACAACUUCGAUAGUAACUAAACCAUUUCAUUGACAUGAUCCGACACGUUUGCAUAUAUGUUGUGAAUAUUUUCAACUCAGAAUUGGGUUAACUUGCGCAAAAGUAGUAACCGCAACGUGUCUCGCGAAGGUCAUCGGAUGCAUAUGGGAUAAAGGCUCAGAAGUUCCCCUUCUCUCUCUCGCCAGUCAAGAUGGGAGGAGCUGUGAGCGCUGGGGAGGAUAAUGACGAGUUGAUUGACAACCUGAAGGAGGCGCACUACAUCCAUUCGGACCUGGUGGAGCGGGCCUUCAGGGCCAUCGACCGGGCCGACUACUAUCUGGAGGACUACCGUGACAGCGCCUACAAGGACCUGGCCUGGAGGCACGGCAACAUCCACCUAUCAGCCCCCUGUAUCUACUCUGAGGUGAUGGAGGCCCUGGACCUUCACCCUGGCCUGUCCUUCCUCAACCUGGGCAGUGGGACCGGGUACCUCAGCACCAUGGCGGGCCUCAUACUGGGUCCAUUUGGUGUGAACCACGGGGUGGAGUUAUAUACUGAUGUGAUUGAGUAUGCCUACCAGAAGCUAGACUACUUCAUCAAAACCAGCGAAAGCUUUGACAAGUUUGAGUUCUGCGAGCCUUCCUUUGUGGCGGGGAACUGCCUGGAGAUCCCCCCUGAGAGCAGGCAGUAUGACAGGGUGUACUGUGGGGCGGGGGUGCAGAGAGACCAUGAAGAAUUCAUGAAGAACCUGCUGAAGGUGGGGGGUAUCCUGGUACUGCCCCUAGAAGAGAAGCUGACCAAGAUCAGGCGUACAGGCCAGAGCAGCUGGGAGACUAAAAAGAUAAUCGCAGUGUCCUUUGCUCCACUGGCACUGCCCCAACAUAACACCAAUGGCGAACCCAAGGCAGUCCCACUACCCAUGUUUGAGGUGCGGACGCUGCAGGAGCUGGCUCGUAUAUCCAUCCGCCACACCCUGAGAGUGACCACGGACAGCAGGGAGGGUCACCCACGGGGCCGGGGCUCUUUUGGAGGAGGCAGGGGCCUGGGGGUCAGUGGGCUCCACAAGUACGGCCCACGUUUUAAACGCCGGCGCGUUCACCGCCGCCACUGCACCUCUGUAGUACUGGCUAACAAGCACGUGGUGAGCAGUGCCCUCCCUACCCCCGCUCCCCUGGACAACAACAAUAACCACAGGGGGGGGGAGGAGGCGCAGCGAAGGGCAGCCCGGGGGGCGGGAGAGGAGGAGGAGGAGGAGGAGGAGGAAGCAGAGAAGGAGUCAGUGGAGCUACUCCGGGCAGAGCCACCUAUAAACAUCCUGAGAGAGAGGAUUCUCUGUCUGCCCCUCCCGGAGCCUCUGAAGAUGUACCUGCUGUACUGUCGGGAGAAAUGACAUCUCCACAGAUAGAGCACACAGCAGAAACCAACAACCCCUGACUGAGUCUCUGCUACUGACUGGGUCUCUGUUACUGACUGGGUCUCUGUUACUGACUGGGUCUCUGCUACUGACUGAGUCUCUUACUGACUGGUUACUGACUGGGUCUCUGUUACUGACUGGGUCUCUGUU